AAAUUAUAAAACAAGACAAAGAUGGCCGUUGCAAGCGCGUCAUAAAUACGCACUGACGUUGUUUAUAUUGUAGCGCACAAUUACAUGAUCUAAUGUUAAGCUUAUCGUGAUUUUGUGUGCAAGUUGGGUAUAAUGUAAGUGGAUAAUCCUGUACAUCAAGAGUGUUUACGAAAAUGUUUUAAAUCUGCUAGCGGAACGAUGUCAAACAACACAGUCGGCUCAUCGGGGCCUGCUCCCGGCAAAAUACGUGGACCUGGUAGACCACCGAAACGUACAUGCACUUGGUGCGCUGAAAGUAAAACACCGUUGAAGUAUGUUCUGCCAACAGAGAACGGAAAAAAGGAGUUUUGUUCUGAAACGUGUUUGUCAGAAUUUAGACAGGCAUACAGCAAAGGCGCCUGUCUUCACUGCGACAAUGUUAUUCGGGGGAACGCACCGUCAAACAGCAAGAACUUCUGUUCUACGUAUUGUUUGAAUAAAUAUCAAAAGAAAAACGAAAAACGUACUACAUCUCCUCAAUCUGGCAAUGGCGCAAAUGGUUCAGAAAAUCAUACAAAUAAUAAUUCUGCUGGUUCCUUUUACGAUAUUUACCAAGCAUUUGAUUGGAAUGAGUAUAUGAAGGAUACAAACAGUGUGGCAGCUGCUCAAGAAUGUUUUAAACAGGCACCCAUGCCUCCAGUAAAUGAUUUUAAAGUAGGAAUGAAAUUAGAGGCUCUUGAUCCACGAAAUUUAACAUCUACGUGUAUUGCAACUGUUGUUGGUGUGCUGGGGCCUCGAUUAAGAUUAAGACUUGAUGGCAGUGAUAAUAAAAAUGAUUUCUGGCGUCUUGUUGAUGCUGGUGAUAUUCACCCCAUUGGACACUGUGAAAGAAAUGAUGGUAUGUUGCAGCCACCACUAGGAUUUCGCAUGAAUGCUAGUAGUUGGCCAAUGUUUUUACUCAAAACACUAAAUGGUGCAGAAAUGGCUCCAGCAAAGGUUUUCCAACCUGAACCUCCAACUCCUAAGACAAAUGUAUUUGUCGUUGGUCAGAAAUUAGAGGCAGUAGAUAAAAAGAAUCCUCAGUUGAUUUGCUGUGCUACUGUUGGUGCAGUGAAAAAUGAUCAGAUUCAUGUGACUUUUGAUGGCUGGAGAGGUGCAUUUGAUUACUGGUGCAGAUAUGACUCUAGAGACAUAUUCCCAGUUGGUUGGUGUGCCAGAGCUGGGCAUCCAUUGCAACCCCCUGGUCAGAAAAGUGCUACAACUCCAUCAAGAUUUAAAUUGAGGCCUAGUGGCAUGCCCAAUCCUGCUUUACCAGAAGGUGGUUCUACAGGAUCUGGUAAUUCAACCAGCUCAGUAACACAUACGCCAGUAGCCACGGUCUGCCUCAGAAUCCGCAGUAGCUGCACAGGUGGCAGUAGUUCUUUACCCAGUUCAGUUUCUGGUUCAGGACCUUCUGGAGCGGCUGAAGCAUUAGUCAAAGAGUUGCUAAGUGUUCACCCGGAUCCACAAAGCUUGACGAGAGCCAUACUCACGGCGUCUAGUAGCUAUUCUAACAUAAAUAAUGUGCAGGUAUCUUCAGGAAAUAAAAACUACUCAGUAAAGGUUCCAUCAGAGUUGACAAUAGAUGAACUUAAGAAUUGGUUGAAAGGUGUGUCUAGUGGAGUGGGCAGUUGUAUUGGUAUGAUAGAGGUUGACACAGGUGAGGCUGCUGGUCGGCCUUGCACUCUUUGUGGGGAGUCUACGUCUAAUAAUGUCACAUCAGGAGUGAAGCGGCCUAAAAGUGAGGAAAACAGUGGCAGCAGUGUGAACGGUUCGGGCGAGUGCUCGGGCGGCAAGCUGGCGCGCGUGUCGCCGGAGCGCGGCUUGGCGUCGCCGGCCGAGCCGCCCGAGCCGCCCGAGCCCGCCUCCUCCACCACGGGCGCGCCGCCGCCGCCCUCGCCCGCCGCGCCGCCCGCCGACUGGUCCGUCGAGGACGUCAUCGGCUUCAUCGCCGCCGCCGACCAGGCGCUGGCCACUCACGCCGACCUCUUCAGGAAGCACGAAAUAGAUGGAAAAGCAUUAUUGUUGUUAAAUUCUGACAUGAUGAUGAAAUAUAUGGGAUUAAAGUUAGGUCCUGCAUUAAAAAUUUGCAAUCUUGUAUCUAAGAUAAAAAAUCGCCGACAUUAUAGUACCUAAGCGUGUACUUCCUUGUUAAGGUAUACAAUAAUAUAACAAUAAUUCACUCUUAGAGUUUGAAACUAUAAGUUUCUGUUUUUUUUUACAAUAAUAGGUGUUUAUGUUAGGAACACAAGUGAUUUUUUUUUCAAUAAUAGGAGCCUUUUUUUUAUUUGAAUCUCACGAUACCUAUAAUUUUUUACAUGUUGACUUUAUGAUUUAUGGAAGGUCUAGAAAUGUAUUUCAUAGCAAGCUAUGUUCAAUGCUGGGAAGAACGCCUUUUUUUUUUUUAACGACGUCAAAAAUCAUCAAAUGACCCCUUCCGCUGUGGGUUAGCAGCGGCGAGGGAGUGUCAGACUCUUACUGACUAAAAACCGUCGUGUUCCGUCGUGGGCCUUUUA